AUGGAGUCACCUACCAAGGAGUCACCCACCAUGGAGUCACCCACCAAGGAAGCCGUCUCUGAGACCACGAGUGGAAAGACUACAGAUACCGUCGAGAAAGGCGGCGAGAGUGUUAAGAAAGACGAACGUCGAAAGGGACUUCGGUGCACGAAAGCAGCAUGGGCUUUCUUCUUCAUGGGACUUCUGAUCGGCUUGCCAGCGACAGUGACAGCGUCAGCGUCCAGCUCCAUGUUCGACGGCAUGACCGGCGUCUUCGAAAUCUGCAACUCCGUCGUCGCAGCGGCAACAUCUUUGUGCACCCCAUUCCUGAUGCGACGUUUCACCUACAGAACCAGCAUGAUAAUAUGCGCAGUCGCAACAGUGCUGUCUUAUCUGUUCUGCGCCCUACCGGAACCGAUGAGCACUGCAAAGAAAGUCAACGAAGCUGGACCGGUAAUCGGUACGAUGAUUAGUGGAUUCAUGCAUGCUUUCGGCGUCGCCAGCAUCAUCGCUCUCCAGGCUUUCUUCCCUCAAGAAGCCCCUUUGGCAUUGAGUGCUGGCAGUGGUCUUGCUGUAAUCGUUGGCCCGGGUUCGUUGAUCGGCCUCCUCGCUGCUUUCGGCCAAUCCGCAUGGAGAAGGGUAUUGCUUGUGUACAUGCCGACAGGUCCGCUGAUUAUGGUGGUUUGGUGGUUACUGAUGGAGCAGAAAUAUAUAGAUGCUGCAGAGGCGUCUCGGACCGCUGCUCGCAAGGCCGGAUCGAAAGACGGCGAGGAGUCGAAAUCGACUGAAAGCGAUGGCGAUUCCACACCACCAAGCACAGAAUCCGACACGCAGGACACGACGACUCGCCCGGCCGUUCAGCAACGAUCACGGAUGGAUUUAUUGUUCAAGAUGGUGUUGCCGCAGUAUCUGCUGGCGUUCCUGCUGAUAUGCGUAGCAGCGAAUCUGGCUACCAUGGGAGUCGCACCUAGUUUGCAGAAGUUGAAACGCUUCAAGGAUGCGCCCAAGGGUGAUCUCCAGUUUGAGCUGAUCUUCCUGGCAUCUGGCGUUGGCAACUUUCUAUUCGCCACACUUGCCGGCAUUCGGCCCAGCAGGGGUGUUUGGAUCUGGACAGCACUGCAGACGCUCCUCUGCAUCGUCGGCGUGAUACAGUUGUGGGCUCCAUUUCUAACGUACUAUGCUUUCUGGGUCGAGGUGAUGUUCUUCAUCGGCGGGAUCGUCGGAGUAGGCCGGACCAACUGCUUCUUUUCUCUGUCGGAAGACUUCAGAGGCGAGGAGUACGACGAGGCCACGAGGAGUUUCAUGGUGAGUUUUGCAGGCACUGGCAAUUUCCUUGGCGAUGGUGUUGGUGGCUGUUUCGCCGUGUUGACGGAGAAACUUGCUACGAAAGCCUUGGUAGCGACGAUACGGUGA